AUGCAGACCUGGAGUGCUCUUGUUGAGGCGGUAUCCCAGCCACCACUUCAGCUGCAGCAGCCCCCUCCCAUCCCCCUCCCAUCCCCUGGCCAUCCCCCUCCCAUCCCCCUCCCUUCCCCCUCCCAUCCCCCUCCCAUCCCCCUCCCAUCCCCCUCCCAUCCCCCUCCCAUCCCCCUCCCUUCCCCCUCCCAUCCCCCUCCCAUCCCCCUCCCAUCCCCCUCCCAUCCCCCUCCCAUCCCCCUCCCAUCCCCCUCCCAUCCCCCCCCCAUCCCCCUCCCAUCCCCCUCCCAUCCCCCUCCCGUCCCCCUCCCAUCGCCCUCCCAUCCCCCUCCCAUCCCCCUCCCAUCCCCUGGCCAUCCCCCUCCCAUCCCCCUCCCUUCCCCCUCCCAUCCCCCUCCCAUCCCCCUCCCAUCCCCCUCCCAUCCCCUGGCCAUCCCCCUCCCAUCCCCCUCCCGUCCCCCUCCCAUCGCCCUCCCAUUCCCCUCCCAUCCCCCUGCCACCCCCCUUCCAUCCCCCUCCCAUCCCCCUCCCAUCCCCCUCCCAUCCCCCUCCCAUCCCCCUCCCAUCCCCCUCCCAUCCCCCUCCUAUCCCCCUUCCAUCCCCCUCCCACUUCCCUCCCACCCCCCUCCCAUCCCCCUCCCAUCCCCCUCCCAUCCCCCUCCCAUCCCCCUCCCAUCCCCUGGCCAUCCCCCUCCCAUCCCCCUCCCAUCCCCCUCCCAUCUUCCUCCCAUCCCCCUCCCAUCGCCCUCCAAUCCCCCUCCCGUCCCCCUCCCAUCCCCCUCCCGUCCCCCUACCGACCUCCCCCUCUCAUCCCCCUCCCAUCCCCCUCCCAUCCCCUGGCCAUCCCCCUCCCAUCACCCUCCCAUCCCCCUCCCGCCACCCUCGCUUCCCCCUCCCAUCCCCCUCCCAUCGCCCUCCCAUCCCCCUCCCAUCGCCCUCCCAUCCCCCUCCCAUCGCCCUCCCAUCCGACUCGCUCUGUUCCUCUCUGCUCUCUCUCUUCCUGCCUGCUCGCCCUGUUUCUUCCUGUUCACUCUCUUCCGCUGCUCAGUCUGUUCCCACUCUCACUCAUCCCCGUCUCCAACCAUGCAGAGUACAGGUCCCAGGCUCCCAGCACCACAGGCCAAGGUUGCAUGCAAUGUAGCAAACAAGAAUGGGGAAAUACAGUAG